UUCAAAACUAUGCACGGUGUUGUUGGCAGGUCUGUCGGGUUUCGGUUUUAGUUGUCGGUGGAUUGGAACAAGUGACAGUGCAGGUUCUCCGAAACGCGAGCCAAACAUGUCGGUUGGCGCUACUGCGGGUGGUGCCCUUGAAGGGAUACGGUUCUACAUGGAACAAGCGAGACAACUGAGCUUCGACCGAGCCAGAAGUAUCCUUAAAACGGAACUUUUAAAUGACUGGUUCUUUCAGAAAGCAUGGGAAACGGCUCAACUGCUGUACCCGAGCAAACGUUUGGUCGGGGGAGACGUGAUGGAGGAAGAAUGUUACCUGGCGAUCAUCUCUUAUACCCUGGAGAGACCCAACGUAUGUAAACAUUUCAAUGCCUUAUGUCGCGAAGCUCGAGAUACGCAAUCGAGUUGGGAUGCCUUCCCGUUCAAGAGCCUCUGGUUCUUUCUUAUCAGCGCAUUCGAAAAACUGCCACCGUAUUCGGCAGAGCGUCUGUUUCGUGGAGUGAAGACAUUCCACAGCAACCUGGACGGCUCGGUUACCUUUGGACAAUUCGUCUCGGCAAGCGAGUGUGAAGACGUUGCAUCUAGGUUUGGCGGUCGUUGGGGUCGUGUCCUGACGCUCGACGGUGUGCCGCAGGAACUCGUGAGAAACAUCGAUUCGUACUCGUACUACGGUGUUCAUUCCGAAGUGCUCCUCUGGCCGUUUUGUAACUUCAAGCUUGUUUCUGAAACAGAAGGUCCCGCACCAGGUACCCCAUCAAAAUCGUCGCCACCAAGGGCGGCCAAGACUACAACCAAUGAUCCAGAAGUGCCCGAGGUUUCAAAUGAAUCUUAAAGCUCGGAGGUUCCACCAAUAUAUUUUAUCCACUUAGCGCAAAAGACCACGCAGCCCAACCUAAUCAUCGGUCCCAAUGAUGCUUUGCUUGAGCGACCAGUCACAUUUUCCAGGAUGCAGCCUUCCCUCUCACAGACUAAUUUUUGUGUGCCUAGAGGAGUAAAUAAACCAAUUGUCAUCAUCGACGAGCUAUCUACGAAGCCCAAAAAACCCUUGAAAAAUGCGCAUGUGACAGAAUCGGAGCAUAUUUUACUGAGUCUUGCUAUCUCUGACACAUUACUAGCACCCUCAAAACAAGGUGCGUCAAAGAUCAUCAUGGCUACUAUCUCAAAGCUACCAGAGGUGACCUCAGCUCUGAACGUGAAGGAUGCAGUGAAAAUGUGCACCAGUAUUUUAGGGAAACAAAGAUCAAGCCUGUAAGUUUAUGCUGUGCCUGAGUAUCCCAGUACUCACAACUCAUGGGCUCUCUAUCCUUAAGUCAACCAAGCGACACUAAACAUGGUGAAGCCAAUUGUGACUCCUAGACUUUCCAGAGAUCCAAGGAACCUUGCUCCAUUAUGUGUCUACCAUCCGAAACUUACAAGGUAGUGCAAGAAAUUAAGGAGCCUGUUGUGACGGUCAAUACUUUUCAGACACCUGGCGCAGCAUGCACUACAAAAACUCCACUGCCAUCAAAUAAGGUGGUUAUGCCAAAUGUCUUGAAAACUGCUGCAGUCAUAGAUCUGCCUGGGUCACCUGAUGCUGCAUUUAUAUCAAAUCCACUGCAAGCACAAAACAUCAAGGUUAUGCUGAGGGUCAGGAGAACCUGUGAAGAAAUGGCUCCUUCCAAAGCGUCUAGCACAUCCAGCACCACUUAACUUCAACUACCACAAAGCAAACGGACAAUGAAACAGACAAUUAAGUCUAGUAAUGUCAUGGAGGCAACUGGGGCACUGAAGACAUCCAACAACACAAGACCUUCACUGCCAAAAGGCAUCUACGUGGUAACCAAUUCAGCGUCCAAGCCACCUGAAGCACCCUCCAAUGAAGCCACGAAGUAAUCAGGCAAUACCGAGAAGUUCAGAUAUCAGUGCGAUCAUUGGUGUGUCUGAAGCACCGAAGCCCCCGAUCACUACAGGAGAUCCAGUGCCACCUAGUGACCAUAAGUUAAACCUGAUCAGGACCAGUGUGCCCUUCGAUAUGUCGCCCAACCUCACAGAAUGUGUGGCAUUACAAGUCUACCAAACGACACAGGACAUAAUGCCAGGUAUUAUUGUUGGCCCCUUAGAGACACACAAGAUACUCGACACCAUGAACUCUCAACAUCUGCAAAGUAACUGGCUGGUGCCUGGAGUCACGAAGCCUUGUCUGGUCAUUGAGAUUCCUGGGAUACCAGAGGCAUCUUGCAGCUUGGAAACUCCAGUGCCCUAUGAUUACUCAGUGAUGUGCGACAUCCCGAAGCCGAUUAGGGGUGCCGAUGUACAACCUGAGUCACCCCCCACCAAAGAGCCUUCACUUCCCCAAGCCAGUGACGUGAUACCGAGUGCUUUGAUUGUUGGUGAAAUGUCUGAGAUGAGCAAUGUUUCUUCCAGGUUGUCGUGUUCACGGCUGCAAACCAACGAGAUUAAGGUGAACAAUCUGAAGAUAUGUGGGACCCUCACUGCUGUGCCUAAAGAUUAUGCACGUUCUCAUUUGAGCAUGAGCAAUGUUUUGACCAUGAUCAAUGUGCUGCCCACACCUGAAAUGCUGAAGUUGGAAGUCAGCGAUCCAAAGAGUUCUCCGGUUGCCAGCAGAUUGGUGGACAGAUAUCCUUUAUCUGCGAUGACUCCAGCAGUGAUGUGGCUUUGGUAUUAUCCUUACUGAUGAGUUUAUGAGCAAUUCCGUCAGUCUGACGCCUACCGAGAAACUUAGCUGUGACAACAGUCAGUUAAACACGCUGCAGGCAGGUGGGAUUGCUCUACUGAUUUUUUCCUGCAUUGCCACGGCAGGUGCCAUGGAAGUCAUUAUUUGUGUCGUUUCUAAGUAGCUAGAAUUCACCCAUCACUGUAAUGUUGCUUUCCUUCUAUCUAGUACCCUUGCCUUGUAAUUAUUGUUGCAUUGCCAUGGCAGGUGCCAUAGAAGUUAUUAUUUGUGUCUUUUCUAAGUAGCUGGAAUUCACCCAUCACUGUAAUUUUGCUUCGCUUCUAUGUAGUACACUUGCCUUGUAAUUAUUUUUUACACGUAACUCUGUGUCAGAAGUUGAUUGCCCCCGACAAAGUCGAGCAUUGUGUUCCCAUUGUUUCAUAAGUUCCAAGAACGUUUAGUGCAGUUGAUCGUGAAUAUGGCAUUAUUUGGAACUCUAAGCCGAUCGUUUUUGAGCAUUGGAGUUUCAACACGAAUGAAACGUUUAGAAAAGGUAGCGCAUAUGGUAAUUAACUAUGCUCGCUUUCAUCCAAGAGUCGAACUAAAAAAAUGUCCGGCUCCUCGCGGAGCAUUACUAAUUUCCCCAUUUAUGUAGGGAAUUAAGAUAUAUUUACGUACCUUUUAUAUUAGGUAGACAGAUAUCCUUAAACUGCGAUAACUCCAGCAAUGAUGUGGCAUUUCGGUAGUGUCAUUACUGAAGAGGUUAUGAGCAAUUCCGUCAGUCUGACGCCUACCGAGAAACUGACCUGUGACAACAGUCCGUUAAACACGCUGCAGGCAGGUGGGAUUCCUCUACAGAUCAUUUUCUGCAUUGCCACGACAGAUGCCAUGGGAGUCAUUAUUUGUGUCUUUUCUAAGCAGCUGGAAUUUACCCACCGCCGUAAUGUUGCUGUGCUUCUAUGUAGUACCCUUACCUUGUAAUUAUGUUUUACACGUAACUGUUUGCGUCAGAAGUUGCAAUCGACAAAGUUGAGAAUUGUGUUUCCGUUGUUAAAUAAGUUCCAGGAACGUUUGGUACAGUUGAUCAUAAAUAUGGCAUUAUUGGCAACCCUAAGCCAAUCGUUUAUCAUCACAGGAGUUUCAACGCGAAUAUACGUUUAUAAAAGGUGGCGCAUAUGGUAAUUAACUAUGCUCGCUUUCACCUCCAGUGUCGAAGUAAAAAAAGUCUGCCUCUUCGCGGAGCAUUACUAAAUUCCCCCUUUAUGUGCGAAAUUAAGAUAUAUAUACGUAUCUUUUAUAUUAAACAAGUGUUAUCAUAAAUGUCAACAUUUUUGACGGACAUCCGUCUGGUUCGGAAGUAUUUAAAUCUCAAACUUUGAACCCUAAUUACGCUUUGAUAAAAGCAAAGAUUCAGACGUUUCGGGGACAACUCGGACUUUUGAUCACGGGCGAAUGUUUCUGUCUGUUUCUGUUACAGUGCUGGGGUGGAUGCGCUUCCCUUUUCCCGAUCUACCCCAGCACUGUAAACCCUGUAAAUGUACGCCAUCCUUAGCAAAAACCAAGGUAAUAGGCAGGUACCGGGAAAAACACACCAGUGAGUUUUUCGAAGCUUUUAUUAUCCUAAGCAUGGGCGAGCGAUGUGUCAGUUUUCCGCCUGUUUUCAUUAACAGAUGAGAAAAUAGCCUUUUUAAAAUCUUUUUUCGUGCGGGUAUUUUUACAUAUCCCGUCAAGCUUGCUGACCCGCGAGCCUGUAGUCCCUCCUGCCUGUGUGGCCAACGUCCGCGCUGAUUCGUCUUUCUGUACCUCUUUUUCUUAACUUUGGUCAAUACAUGAGUUGUGAGUGUA